AUGGUUUCAACAGCAAUUCGUUGUUUCAUAUUCGUUCUAUUCAGUAUGUCAGUAGUUCGAGUGAAAUCUCAAUUCUGUCAUGGAAUAUCUCAAUAUGAUCGAUGUUCGCCAAAUAGUGCAUGUACCUGUUUCUAUAUAGCAGGUGCUCUUGGUGUUGGCAUUUGUGGUGAUGAAUGUGUUCAUCAUCCUCGAUGUCAUAAUCUUCCUGUUUGUUAUCCAAUACCAAGUUUCAAUCAAAAACUUUGCCCACCGAUAACAACAACGAAUACGACAAUGACAACAAUCUCAAGCACUGCACCGAUCAUGACCAUACCAAUCACAACAACAACUGUAUCUUCAUCAGUGACACCUGAUAAGGGUAUUUGUGCAACUGCAACAUGGGCUCAAAAUGGUCAAACUGUAGCUGGUGGUAAUGGUAGCGGAUCAGAAUUAAAUCAGUUCGAUAGACCAUUUGGAUUAUUUGUUGAUGAGAAUCAAACUAUUUAUGUGGCAGAUCGCUCUAACGAGCGUAUCAUGAAAUGGAAACGUGG